AUGUCUCCCACCGUUGCUCCUCAUGGUCCCCUCCCCAAGAUCCCCAAGGGUCUCAGCAAGAUCAGACUUGGCGCCUUGGUCUUUAACGGCGUCGAUCUUUUGGACGUCAUGGGUCCCAUGCGCAUCUUUGGAGAGGAGUCCAACACCCUCGACAUUGAGAUUUGCUUUGUCGCAACCACUCUUGAGCCUGUCAAGUCCUCGCAGCAGGUCACCAUCACCCCCAAGUACUUGGUCAGCGACAUCACCCAGAAGUAUGACCUCUUCUUCAUCCCCGGAGGUAUUGGAACCCGCAGCUAUGUCAACAACGAAGAGCUCAUGGGCUAUGUCAAGGCCCAUGUGGAGCAGUCUACCUGGACCAUGACUGUUUGCACUGGCGCUGGAAUUCUUGCCAAGACCAGCCUUGUUGACGGUUACAGCAUGACCACCAACAAGAUGGUCUUCGAAUGGCCUAUGACCCAGGGUCCCAACGUGAACUGGAUAAAGAGGGCCCGUUGGGUUCAGGAUGGAAAAUAUGUCUCCUCCUCGGGAGUUUCUGCUGGAAUUGACGCGGCGCUCUUUAUCCUGGCCGAGCUGACGACGACUGAGAACGCCGAGGCUGUCGCGACGUACAUCGAGUACACCUGGCACCGUGUUUCCAGCGAGGACCCCUUUGCCGAUUCCUACCCCUUCACUCGCUCGUAG